AUGUCUGAUAUAUCUUUGGCGGAAAGUAUUGAACUAAAUUCAUCUGUACCGAAAGAUGAUCAGGUAUUCGAUGAUGAAAUUCCUGAUGCAGAAGUUCAGUCUGAACCUUCUGAAGAGCCUCCUAAAUUAAAGCGUAGGCUAUACUUAGAGGAAGAAGAUAAGACUGAUGAGGCACUAUCAACAUUUGUAAACCUCGAGGACUGCCUGUACUCGAACAAGCAUGUUGGAAAUUGUAAUAGUAACGACUUUAUGGAAUGUGAUUGCUAUGAAGACUUUCAAAACGGGAAGAAUCAUGCAUGUGGAGAGGAUUCAGAUUGUAUCAAUAGACUGACACUUAUAGAGUGUGUGAACGAUUUAUGUGGUACUUGCGGUAAUGAUUGUGCGAAUCAACGAUUCCAAAAGAAAGAAUAUGCUAAUAUAGCAGUUUUCAAAACUAAAAUGAAGGGCUAUGGUGUUAGAGCUGAGUCAGAUAUAGAAAUCAAUGAUUUUAUUUACGAGUAUAAAGGUGAAGUCAUCGAAGAAGAAGAAUUUAGAGAUAGACUUGUUGAUUACGACCAGAAGAAAUUUAGACACUUUUAUUUCAUGAUGCUACAAAGUGGUGAGUUUAUCGAUGCUACCAUAAAAGGUUCUUUAGCAAGGUUCUGCAACCAUUCUUGCAACCCUAACGCAUAUGUAAAUAAGUGGGUGGUGGCAGGAAAGCUUAGAAUGGGUAUCUUUGCUAAAAGAAAAAUAUUAAAAGGUGAGGAGAUUACAUUUGAUUACAACGUUGACAGAUAUGGCGCUGCCGCACAGAAGUGCUACUGUGAAGAACCAAAUUGUAUUGGGUUCCUCGGUGGUAAAACUCAAACAGAUGCAGCGUCACUGCUACCGCAAAAUGUGGCUGAAGCUCUUGGUGUGAAAGCGUCGGAGGAAAAGAAAUGGAUAAAACUCAAAAAAGCUGAAGGCCAAAAAAUUGAAAAAUCAGAGGCAGAAAACAUCAAUAUUGAAUUUUUGGAAUCUAUUACCAUAAAUCCCUGUAAUACUGCUACUGAUGUUCAAAAAGUGAUGAGUGUUCUUUUACAAAUCGAAAAUAAGACUGUAGCUCAAAAAUUAUUACAAAGAUUAUAUUUGUCAUCGAAUGAGGAGCUGCUCCAUCAUGUUAUUAAGUUACAUGGUUAUACAUGCUUUACGAAAUUACUACAAUUGUUUGCAUUAGAAGAAGAUGAACUGAAAAAAAUUUUGUACUUUUUGGAAAGACUGCCAAAAACCACAAAAAAUGGUAUAAUAUCAUCACAUAUUGAUUUCCAAGUAAAAUCUGUAUGCAAAAACCAUAGCAGCUUAUCAUCUAUUGGUGACUCGCUAAUUGAAAAAUGGAAAGCAUAUGAAGAGUACAAGAGGAUUACUAAGUUAGAUAUUAAUAAUUCCACUAAAACGAAACUUCAGGAUAUCAGAAGGAUCAAAUUACCACCUGGUUGGGAAAUUGUUUUUGAGAAUGGCAGACCGAUGUAUUAUAAUGCCGAGAAAAAGACCAAACUGCUAUACCCACCAACCGGCGCCUCAAAGACAUUCGCAUCACAAAAGUCAUCCUCACCAAUUCCUAAGUUUAAGAACAAGAGGGACCAAAAUAAUGGUAUUAAACGAAAAUUAACCGACGAGGAAUAUGAAGAAAGAAAGAGAAAAAGAAUAGAGUUAGAGCAAGAAAAUAUUAAAAAAGCGAAAGAAGAAGAAUUACAAAGAUUGAAGGCAAAAUUUAACCAAGAAAGAGAACAGAAACAGAUCCUGGAGAAUAUCAUUGCAGAGGCUAACCGCAAGAAGGAAGAAGAACGCCAAAAUCAAUUAAAAAUUGAAAAGGAGAAGAAAGAUAAAAAAGAAUCUAAGAAACAGCUUUCUCAAAUCAGUAAAAUGGAGCACAAAUGGACAAAAUUCUUUGCUUCUGUUGUUCCUAAUAUCUUGAAGAAAUAUGAAUCGGAUAAAAAAAUUGAUCAUGAUAAUAUGAAACAGUGUGCAAGAGAUAUCGUGAAAAUUUUAGCAGCAAAAGAAAUGAAAAAAGAUUCAUCGAAAGAACCGGAGGCUACUGUAUCAAAGGAAAAGAGACAUAAAAUCAAACAGUUUGUCCAUGGAUAUAUGGAAAAGUUUUUAGAAAAACUUGAUAAAAAGAAGCAAAGACAUUAA